GCUUAGUCAUGCGACGGGAAAUCGAGACCUAGUUUUGCUUGCACACAAAUUCGUCGUCCAAAUUUGACGCCCGCAGCAACCACCGUCUUCAGCAUCCCCAUACACGCCGAAUCGUCACGAUGGGUCACGCCGCAGGUCUCCGUGCUGGUACGAGAUACGCCUUCUCGCGGAACUUCCGCGAGAAGGGUAUGAUCCGCCUCUCGACCUACCUUAAGCAGUACAAGGUUGGCGACAUCGUCGACAUCAAGGUCAACGGUGCUGUCCAGAAGGGUAUGGCCCACAAGGUCUACCACGGCAAGACUGGUGUCAUCUACAACGUCACCAAGUCCGCUGUCGGCAUCAUCAUCUACAAGAAGGUGAAGCACCGCUACAUCGAGAAGCGCAUCAACGUCCGCGUCGAGCACAUCCAGCCUUCCCGCUCCCGCGAGGGUUUCCUUCGCCGUGUCAAGGAGAACGCCGAGCUCAAGAAGCAGGCCAAGGCUGAGGGCAAGCCCGUCCAGCUCAAGCGCCAGCCCCUCCAGCCCCGUGAGGCUCGCACCAUCUCCGUUGUCGACAACAAGCCCGAGACCGUUGCCCCCGUCGCCUACGAGACCACUAUCUAAAGUACUCUUGGGAUAGGAGUGGUGGUAGACU